UAAAAGAAAGAAAAUCUGCUAAUUGACGAAAAUCAGCUGCUCGACAUGAAUUCCCUCAUUCUUCAGCUGUCGUAAAAUCAGCUGAUCGACACACAUUCUCAUUCACACCUGAUCGACAUAAACUCUCAUUCGACGUAAACAUUGUCUCCAAAAACAGCUGAUCGUCGUAAAAAACAGCUGAUCGACACAAACUCUCAUUCACAUCUGGUCGUCGUAAAAUCAGCUGAUCGACACAAAUUCUCAUUCACUAUCGUCGUAAAAUCAGCUGAUCGAUGUAAACAUUGUCUCCCAAACAGCUGAUCGUCGUAAACAUGGCGCGAGCCGAGGGAACCUGUGUGCCUGACCUGCAAAAGGAAAGAGCAAAAUGCACUUUCAACAAGGAAGAAAUUACGAAUUUAAUGGACGGCGGCGAAGAGAAGACGCUGUUCAGAAGGAAGCUUGAGGACUUCUUUCUCUCGGACCCGGAGUUCCUCGACCCCAUUCCGCCCGAGUACUUGAGCCAUGAGGACCGCUACUCCAACGAGCUGAGGAAAGCCUGCUACAUGAUCCGCAAGUUUAACGAGGACGAGGAUGUCCAGCAGAUUGUUGGCGAGAUGGAGGGCAUAAGGACUCUGAUGGGCUCGGGUCUUGGCGUCGCACUCACAAGGGACGGGAAUCCAUUAGCUUUACAUUAUGUCAUGUUCAUGCCAGCGAUACUGGGUCAGGGCACGGUUGACCAGCAGGGCAUAUGGCUCGGACGUGCCUGGUCUGGAGAAAUCAUUGGUACAUAUGCCCAGACAGAAAUGGGUCAUGGAACCUUCCUCCGAGGCCUUGAGACGACGGCAACCUACGACCCAUCAACACAAGAAUUUAUUCUCCAUUCCCCGACCAUCACAUCGACCAAGUGGUGGCCAGGAGGAUGUAAGUGCUGUGUCGGAGAGUGUGGUGUUACCGUUGGGGAGAUUGGACCAAGGCUUGGAAUGAACACAAACGAUAACGGCUUCUUGAGAUUCGACCAUUACCGCAUUCCACGGACGAAUAUGUUGAUGAAGCACUCUCAGGUGUUAGAGGACGGCACAUACAUGAAACCAGCAAACGACAAGCUAGCCUACGGGACCAUGGUGUUUGUGAGGGUCGCCAUCUGUUUCGACUCCCACAGGCAACUGCAGAGGGCUGUCACCAUUGCUACUCGGUAUUCAGCGGUUCGUCAUCAGUCAGAGUUGAAGCCAGGAGAGCCAGAGCCUCAGAUUCUGGACUACCAGACCCAGCAGUACAAGCUAUUGCCACAAAUCGCCACCAUCUUCGGUAUCCACUUCACGGCAAGACACGUAUGGGACACCUAUAAUGAGGUCACAGGAAACAUUAAUGAGGGAAACUUGGAUCUUCUGCCAGAGUUGCAUGCCAUAUCGUGUGGACUGAAGGCUCUGAGCUCGAGCGAUGCUUCUGCAGGCAUUGAAAUAUGCCGACUGGCCUGUGGCGGACAUGGAUACCUGUCAUCUUCCAACCUCCCUCGUAUCUAUACUACAACCACUGCUGCCAUCACCUAUGAGGGGGAGAACACAGUCAUGUGGCUUCAGGUCGCAAGAUACAUCAUUAAAUCAUACCGUGAAGCUCGUAAGGGGGAGAAGCUGUGCCAUUCUGUUUCGUACUUGGCUGCUCAGCCUGUUUCUACACACAUGUCUACCAGCCUUUCAAAUGAAGCUCUGGUUGAAGCGUACAAGACAGCCGUGUCAGCCAUUGUCACGGAGACUGCAAACCGCCUCCAGAAGUACUGCGAUCAGGGAGAACAGUUUGAACUUGCAUGGAAUAAAUGUUCUGUUCUGCUCGUGAAGUGUGCACAGGCCCACACUAGGUACUUCACGUGCGAGCAGUUUGUCGAGAACGUUGAGAGCCUGGAGCUGAGCGAGGGCGUGCGGAAUGUUCUUCGCCGAUUGUGCCGUCUCUACCUCAUCUACCACAUCACUCUGAAUCAGGGAGACUUCCUUAGGAGUCAAGCCUUAUCGCCUGAGAACAUCAGUACACUGGAAGGAGAAAUGUGCGAGCUCCUGGAAGUUCUCAGAGAUGAUGCUGUGUCAUUAGUGGAUUCUUUUGAUAUCCAUGAUCGUAUUCUAGACUCAACCCUUGGAUGUUGGGAUGGCAAUGUCUACAACAGGAUGUUCAACGAAGCCCAAAAGAGCCCCAUGAAUCAAACCGACGUCCCCAAAGCGUACAGCAAAUACCUGCGGCCUCUAAUGAAGGCUAACCUUUGAAAGGAUCUGGGUAGUUGUGAGUUUAUAGUGGAGCAUGUUGAAAGCCUAUUUCUUGUAGUAGGUCUUUUGAAAUGUUUGCAGAUUUAUAGUGGGUCUUAUGAAGUAUUUGCAGAUAUUUUGUAGUGGAUGUUCAUAAAUAUCUAGAACGAUUUGAAGGGUGUCUUGAGAUUUGUUUUAAUUUAGUAUUGGAUCUUAAGAAAUGUUUGAAAUAUCUGUAUAAAAGAAGUAGAUAUUAUUUAUUAAGUUAAUUAUUUGCACAAGCAAUGCAUUUUGUUCUAAUGGUGAGAGAAUGUUGAUCAGAUUACAAAAGCACAAUUUAAUUUUCUGUUGUAAUUAUGUAUUUGCUGUUUUGUAAUGUAUUUGUUUUUGUCACUGUCAAUUGCAUAAUUCCACAGUGGUUAUUACACAAGCUAUUAUGAAUUACUAUACACUUGAAUAUGAUAUUUUUUCUACAAAAUUGUUUUCUUGAACUAGUGACAUGAUCCUUAUGUUGUAAAGGUAAAUGCAUUUAUUUAUGUUGAUUGCAUUGUCAUAACUGGAAGUUUGGCAAGUAAGCAUGAAAUGAGCAUUUUUGAACAGGAUAUACUAAUCCUAAAAGAUGCUAAAGGAUAUAUUGUAUUUUAUAUCUGUAUCUUUAUCUGUGUAUCUGUCUAAUUAUCUAUCUGUCUAUCUAUCCAUCAAAUGGUCUAUAAAUCUAGCAUGUAUAUAUGAAUGUAUA